UCGGACUUACCCCCUUCGCACAACUUCGCCGCCAAAAUGUCCACCAUCGCCGCCAAGUCCAUCAAGGCUCUCGCUCCCCUGCUCGACCGCGUCCUUGUCCAGCGCAUCAAGGCCGAGACCAAGACCGCCGGUGGCAUCUUCCUCCCCGAGUCGGCCGUCAAGGAGCUCAACGAGGCUAAGGUCCUCGCUGUCGGCCCCGGCGCCUUCGACCGUGAUGGCAAGCGCAUCGCCCCUUCCGUCCAGCCCGGUGACAAGGUCUUGAUUCCCCAGUUCGGUGGUUCGCCCAUCAAGGUCGGCGAGGACGAGUACUCGCUCUUCCGCGAUCACGAGCUCUUGGCCAAGAUCAACGAGUAAAUUACAUGAUACCCCCCCUCCUCCGAACGAAAAAGCCAUACCCACAUAUACUUGUAUCAACAUCCACAUUAUGACGAACCGCGGCGCGAACGAGUGCUUUGAAGCACCUCUAUCCCUCUGAGCAAGAGUCUGAACAAAAGAAACCA